AUGUCCUGGAUGGACUCCUGGUCCCGGCCCUCCAAAUCCCAGGCCACGCCCGCGCCCUUCUACCUCCUCCCAAACGGCGACCAGACGCCGUACUGCCGCACGUGCGGCCGCGUCAUCUCCUCCCGCAAAUCCACCUCCUCGAAGCCCGCCAACUCGGAGCCGCCAAAGUACUGCUCCGCGCGCUGCCGGGGCCAGAAGCCGGGCCGUCUCGACCGCGAGAUCGAGGCGGCCUUUGUGCGCUUCCUGCAGGGCGACGAGCCCCUCGACACCAACGUCAAAAAGGUCAAGGGCGACACGCGGGUGCUUGUCCCGUGCGACGUGGUCGAGGGCAAGGUGUUUGGGGAAAGGAAGGAUCCGGAGAAGGUGUUUGGGAGGAGGAAGAACCGCGCCUCGAGGGUGAUUCCGGAGAAGGCGGAGGACGAGGGGGUGGACGUGGGCCAUGAGAAGGAGGAGGAGGACCCCGGGGAGGAGAUCAUUGACGAGAUGCUGGGGCGGACGCGGUCGAGCGAGCUUGAUGUUGACCCGAGCGUGAUGGCGAGCCUUUCGGUGCGCAGCGGGACGCGGGUGCGGCCGCCGCAGGAGAAGUCGCAAGUCAACGGGAGCGUGGGCGGGGAGAAGGGCAAGGCGGAGCGGAUUGAGGAGACGGACGAGAUGCGGGAGAAGAGGAACGAGGGGCAGAAGAAGGCACACGAGCGGGAGCUGGUGAGGUGCGCGGCGCGGCGGGGGGUUGUGUUUGGGUUCCUUGUCGGCGAGGAGAGGAGGAAGUGUGAGGCUGUCAUGCAGGGCAAAGUGGUCGAACCGAGUUUCGCAAAAGGGGAUUGGGCUGUACGCUGGCGCGAGGAUUGA